GCAGCGGGUGAAAGAGAAAGAGGGAGGGGAGUGAGCUACCGAUAGAGCGCCACUCACAACGAGGGCUCCCCAUCAGCUGGAAGUCGAGUAACAUUACAACUCUACAGCCUGCUACUACUGCAUAAUAAAGACCCGGAUUUACAUCUGAAUGCGGGGAAUCACGCACCUUUUGGACCAAAGGACUUGUUUACAACUUCGACAUUGUUUUUAAUCCCGCAACAAUAAUUCGGUGACCAAAGCUGGACUGGCCACCAUGGAGUAUUUCAUGGUACCCGCUCAGAAGGUGCCCUCCUUGCAACAUUUUAGGAAAACGGAGAAAGAAGUGAUUGGGGGACUGUGUAGCCUGGCCAACAUUCCCCUGACGCCGGAGACGGCGAGGGACCAGGAACGCCGCAUCCGCCGGGAGAUCGCCAACAGCAACGAGCGGCGGCGCAUGCAGAGCAUCAACGCCGGCUUCCAGUCGCUCAAGACGCUGAUCCCCCACAGCGACGGGGAGAAGCUCAGCAAGGCGGCCAUACUACAGCAGACCACAGAUUACAUCUUUUGCCUGGAGCAGGAGAAGACGAGGCUUCUGAAUCAGAACAAUCAGCUCAAGCGCUUCAUACAGGAGUUCAGCGGGUCCUCCCCAAAGAGGAGGCGCACCGAGGAGAAGGACGAAGGCAUCGGCUCCCCGGACAUCCUGGAGGAGGAGAAGACGGAGGACCUGAGGAGGGAGAUGAUCGAGCUGAGGCAGCAGCUGGCAAAGGAGCGCUCGGUCCGCAUGAUGCUGGAGGAGCAGAUGGAGGGCGUGGACUCCCAGCUGCACCCAGAGAGGCUGAAGGUGAUCACCCAGCAGGUGCCGCCCGAGCAGCGCAUCCACAGCCUGGCCCAGCUGCAGCACAAGCACGAGCAGCUGGACACGGACGUCACUCCGGCCUGCAGCCCGCAGGCAUCGCCCCCGGCCAGUCCCCCCGCCCCCACCCACCACGCCACGGUCAUCGUUCCGGCGCCGGCCCAGACUCCCCAUCCGCAUCACGUCACCGUGGUAACCAUGGGCCCGACGUCCGUCAUCAACACAGUGUCCACGUCCAGGCACAACCUGGACACCAUCGUUCAGGCGAUCCAGCACAUCGAGGGCCGGGUGUGCGCGGGCGAGGAGGACCAGCGGCGGGCGGUCAUCGUGUCCUCGGGGCGCGCCCUCUCCAGCCCGGCCGCCUCGGACACGGCCUCCAACAGCGACGGCGCCGACGACUCACUGUUGCCCUGAGCAACGCCACAUCACAUCUCCAGCCUACCGACGACCCGCGCGCGCACGUGCAUUCACGCCCCCCCCCCCCCCCCACCCCAAACUAAACGGGGGGCCCGCCCCCGCCCGACAGCGCUGUGGGUCAAAUGGACCGAAUUUGUUGGUAGACAAUUUUUGAAAAAGAAGCACUCUGUGAUCUACACUCGUACAUGCUGUGCCCCCGAGGCCGCCCCCCCCCCCC